AUGUAUUCACCCCUUCGUAUAUUGCUUCCUGGUAAAGGAGCUCUAUUAGGCCCUGUAAUUAAGGACAAAACUACGAACGUAUCAAAAUGCUAUCGCUUUUCAAGAGUACCAUAUGCUUUACCACCAACAGGUAAAAGACGAUGGCGAAAGCCGUUUCCGCUCCCUUCCGACUUCUCAUACGGUUCCGAAAGUAAUCCCCCGCUUUACAAUAAGCCUUCGAUUCCUUGCCCGCAAUCUCCGCUACUCAUAUCACCUGGCAGCUCGAGUGAGGAUUGUUUACAAUGUAACAUCUACAUCCCACUUGGUGAACCGCCAUCAGGUGGUUGGCCAGUGUUCUACUAUAUUCAUGGUGGUUUCCUUCAAUACGGCUCGAAUAACUCAGACGACCCUUCUUCGUUAUUGGCCGAGACAGAUGUGAAAUGUAUUAUUGUAUGCCCCAAUUAUAGGCUCGGAGUUUUUGGCUUUCUAGCCGGUAGAGAACUCUGGGACGAUACUUCAGCCGGAAACUUAGGACUCUGGGACCAACGAGCCGCUCUUGAAUGGACAUAUGAAACUAUCGAGUUCUUUGGUGGCAAUAACGAAAAUAUCACAGUCGGUGGUUUGUCGGCUGGUUCUUAUUCCACAUUCCAUCAACUUGCGUACGACAUCGGCCCAAAUUCUAAACGCCAAAUCAUUCGUAGAAUCAUUCAAUGGUCUAAUGGAUGUGGAGUUGAGCCCAAACGAAUUUCUGAAGCCCAAGAACAAUUUGAUGAUUUACUUUCUGUUCUGGGGAUAUCUCGGUCUUUGAGCGCGAGAGAGACCGUGGAAGUCCUUCGCACUAAAAGCUCUGAUGAAUUGAUAGUUGCUGUUGGAAAAAUGAAGCAAAUUUUCAUUCGUCCGGUUCUCGAUGGAGAGUUCAUUUCGAAUGAUUUGUUCACUAGAAUCUGUGAUGGUACGUUUGGGAAACGAUUCAAAGAACUUGGUAUCAAAACCAUCAUCGGGGAUCUUACACAAGAACAUCAGCUCUAUAAAAACGUGUUUCCGCCACAUUCGUAUGAGAGAUUGAUUGACCGUCUGUCAUGGGACUACCCACGAAGUAUCGUCAAGGCUGUUUGCGCUAAAUAUAAACCGCACCACACUUCCGCAAAUUACCCGAAGGAAUAUUGGAUUGAAAUUUUUGGUAAGUUGUAUGCUGACAUGCAAAUACAUUCCACUAUGCGCGGCUUCCUCGCCGCAAUAUCUUCUGAUGUCCCAAUUCAAAGUAUCAAUCGAUACAGAAUUGAUUGGAGAACAGAAAGUGUGGACAAAAGGUUGCCUAAAAUUGUUGGAGCCACUCACGGGACUGACAUGUCGAUGUGGUUCUUUGGGAACGGAGAUGUCUUGAAUGAUAACGAGAAGGUCUUAUUGAGAGAGUGGUUGAAACCUAUGGCUGAUUUCAUAAAAGGCAAUGACUUCAUUUGGGGUACACGGUCAAUCAAGGAAGUGAGAUUUCUUACUUCAGAUGGGAAGAUUUUAAUCAGAGAUGAUGAUAUAUUUCAACAGAGUCUUGAAUUGUGGAAUAUCUCGAAGGAGUUUAUUGAAGCUCGAAAUCAAAACAAACAAUCCAAGAUAUAAGAUCUCAGAUUCGUCCUGUGGAAAUUACCCUAGUCAUCGAGGCGAUUGUACUCAAUCGCAGGGCUUCUCCUAGGUGAAUCUUCGAGAAGACUCACUGUGGUUGCCAGACCACGAAAGAUUAUGAUAUCUGGGUAUAUGGGUCCUCGGUGAAACUUGUAAAUCUGGAAGCCCUAAUUCACCCAUAUUUUGUGAUAGGUAGUGCUGUUUCAGGCAUGAGUUGAUAUCUUCAAGACCAAUCGAUAAGCAGAGAAAGGACUUAAUGUAAUAUGAGAGAAUGGCAUCCAAAUCUCGCACUAGAUAAGCUAAUCUUACACCCAUCCAAAAAAUCCAAAUUUUCGGAUGUUUCCGAGUGUAGAAUUUGAAUGCUUUCCUCAAAUCUCAACCUCUAUUCUUUUUACACAACAACUAAAAAGGUCUUUACCAUCUUUCAAGGCCUACAAGUUAUCUAGAAUAUAUUGCUCGGAGCAGCUGUACUUUCCCAUUCCUUAUUGGAGCUGCUCAAGUUUUGUUCUGGGCAGCUUAUGAUACUUUCUUCCAAUAUUUACAAUACCCUAAUUUUUUGUUUUAUCAAACAGCGAUUGAUCUGGGAGCCGCAUCACGCAUCACGCCUCAACCCCAACUUAUAGCUUUAGCUUCGACAAUAGCUGUGUGAAUCUUAACAACCUCUUGAUGCCCGAU